UCAUUAUCUUACUUGUCAUUAUCACUCCUUUUUCAUCACAGCAGUCAUUGAAAAAACUGUAUAACAUCAACAUCAGUAACGUUCUAGACAAAAAGUUAAUAAUUACAGAUGAAGUUAGCAACAUUCAUGAAACAUUUUUUAGGAAUCUGGAUUAUACUUCACUACUUGCAACUAAGUGAAAACACGACCAUAAAAGAUAAAAUCGCAGGAGUUUCGAUUAAGAUACUAAAUAAACAGGUUGAAGCGUAUUUAGGAAUUCCAUAUGCAACACCUCCUGUUGGAGACUUGCGAUUCAGUGAACCUCAACCUGUUAAAGAUUGGGAUUUUGUUUAUAAUGCAACACAGAAACCUCCUUCCUGCAUGCAGGAUCCAAUGUUUGACUUUCCCGAAUGGUCGAAUCGCCAGCCGAAAGAAAUAAGCGAAGAUUGCCUAUAUAUCAAUGUUUGGGUUCCAGAAUCCACUACUUGUGGCGAUAAACUCACUACUAUGGUCUGGAUCUACGGAGGAGGUUUCACACUUGGAUCCACAAACAUGGAUAUAUACGACGGAUCAGUUAUUGCAUCAGUAGGAGAAGUUAUCUUUGUUUCAUUCAAUUAUCGUCUAGGAGCAUUCGGUUAUGCAAAUUUUGGACAAGACGAUGCGGCUGUGAAUGCGGGAAUGUUGGAUCAAGUGUUGGCCUUAAAAUGGGUUCACGAAAAUAUAGAAGCUUUCGGGGGAGACAAAGAUUUAAUAACUAUUUUUGGCGAAAGUGCAGGAUCCAUGUCAGUGGCACAUCAUCUCAUUUCCCCAAUGACUAAAGGAUUAUUUAAACGAGCAAUCCUGCAAAGCGGAAGUAACAACCAACAAACAUUUACAGCGAAUCCUGAAGACAAUUUCGAAUUUACAUCAAUGAUGGCGAAAGAAUUGGGAUGUAGUGAAGACGAUAUGCUACCAUGCAUGAGAAGAGUAGACGCUUUCGAUAUCGCAGCUUUUCAAAAACAAUUUAUGCAAAGAAAAAAGACUUUUGCAACUCUCAUUCCUCAAAAGGGAUCUCCGUUUCUUCCCGAAGACCCAUUUGAAAGUAUUGAUAACGGAAAAUUUCAUGAUGUGGAUAUUUUAAUAGGAGAAACAAAGGACGAAGGUUCUAUUUUUUUACUUUUGUACAGACUAAAAUUACUAAACGAAGAAGAACCGAACUUAUCGAAAUCAGAAUUUGAAUCUAUACUAAGUCAUUUUUAUAAAGUAAAUAGUGAAUCUGUAAAUCUCAUCGUGCAGGAAUAUCUAAGAGAUGUUGCAGAUGACGCUUCUUUCACAAUUACAAAGCAAACGAUUAAAGCAUUAGGACACGGAAUUUUUACUUGUCCGAUUUUUCAUUUAGCAGAAAGAUUGUCUCAAAAUAAUAGAAAUGUGUUCCAUUAUGUGUUUAAUCACACUCGAACAAAAUCACCAAGGAAGAAAUGGAUGGGUGUACCUCACUUUGAGGAUGUGUAUUUCGUUUUUGGAAAACCUUUUAUGACAGUAAAUGAUUACUCACGAGAGGAAAUGGAAUUUAGUAAAAAAAUAAUUGAAUUAUGGACUUCGUUUGCAAAAACAGGGAAGCCUUCGUAUGAAGGAAUGGAAGAAGAAUGGUUACAAUUUGAUGAGAAGGAUCGAAGAUCUUUCUCUCUUACUUUAGGAAAUAUUCAUCUUACAAAGGCCGAAGAGGAAAAGUGCAAAUUUUGGAAACAAUUUUAUGGUUUUGAUUGAACAAACACAAGAAAUUGUUAUUAUUAUUAAA